AUGCGUGCCACCACCGUGGGAAUCAUCUCAAUCGGGGACAUGGGCCUAGGCAUAGCCAAACUCCUCCAAGCCCACGACUACCGAGUCGUCACCGUCAGCGAGGGACGAAGCAAACAUACCCUCUCCCGCAUCCACGCGGCCAAUAUCGAAAUCCUCCCCUCCGACACAGCCCUCGUCGCACAGGCGGACUACAUCUUAUCCAUCGUCCCACCACGUAACGCCUUAGCCACCGCCCAACGCAUUGUGGGGGCCUGCACAAAUCCCGAUACAGCACGCCAACGGGCCACGAUCGACGAUAUCAACGGCCAGCCAGCCCGUAGCCCGCUCUACUUUCUCGAACUCAACGCCACCCCGCCCCGAUUAGCGGGGGAAUUGGCAGACCUCUUCGUAGAGGACGAGUCCGCCACGUCAACACCUUUCGUGCGGUGCCACUUUCUUGAUGGUGGGAUUAUUGGUGGGCCGCCAAUACAAGCACCAGCACCAGCUGCGGCACCAGACGCGAAUCGAGACACAGAUAGAUCCCCCGCAACGUGGAAAAGACCCAGCGUCGUCCUGUCGGGACCAGUGGUGGACCACCUCCCGCCAACCUUCGCGACACUCGCAACCGCGCUGAACGCGAAGAUCGUCUCACACCGCAUAGGCGCCGCGUCAACGCUAAAGCUCACCUUCGCCGCUUUGACAAAGGGCCUCACGGCACUAUCAAUUCUCUCCUUCUCGACCGCGCAGCGCGAAUCACUUCUCCCAGAGCUCCUGUCCCAUCUGGACGAGUACUCGCCGGCGACGGCGGCGCUGGCGCGCGGCGGUGUCGUCGCGAUGAGUCCCAAAGCGUACCGAUGGGAGGAGGAGAUGCGCGGGAUCGGGGAGGCGCUGGAUACGCAGGGCGGGUGGGAUGGAGUCGGGGCGAGUGUUUACGGCGGAUUCGCGGAGAUAUAUCGCGUUGUUGCGGAGGAUACGGUUUUGGGGCGGGAACGGGUUGGGGCGCGAGAGCGUGGGACGAGUGUUGAUGAUGCUGCGAUGCUGAUUGCGGAUCGACGGCGGCGAGGAGAUCGCGAUGAAUAUCAAGAGCCGAGGUCUUGA